AUGUCUGAGACUAGCUUCGUGGUCAUCCACUCACACGAACGCAGGAAGAUUACUACCACCGGCACAGCAAGUGGUAUAGGCCUUACUACCGCUAAGCUGCUGGCCAAACGUGGUGCCAUCUUGAGCGUUCGCGAGGCUCACGAGGCAAGAGUCAAUGAAGCAUUUCAACAGCUCUCUGGGUCUGGACAUUUUGCGACCAAGGUCGACGCCAGUAAGGCCUCGGAGGUGAACUCGUGGAUCGAAAACACUGUCAAGAAGCUCGGAGGGCUUGACGGAGCUGCCAAUGUCGCAAGCAUCGAACGCGAAGGCGGACGCCACUUUGCAGACGGUCGAGAUGAGGACUGGGAGCUGGUCAUGGGUGUGAACUGUUCUGGGGUCUUCUACUCGCUGCGCGCCCGGAUUCGCCAGAUGUUGAGGAAGGGCGGAUCCGUUGUUAAUGUCGCCAGCAUCGCCGGCCUCAUCGGUGUAGUCGAGACGACUUGCUACAAUGCGAACAAGUUUGCCGUCAUGGGUCUGACGCGAACUGCGGCACGCGCGUAUGGAAGUCAUAACAUCAAGAUUAACUCUGUUGCGCCAGGUUGGUGGUCCCCCCCACUUCGAAUCUGUCGUGUGAUUGCGACACCACUAGUACAUGCCAUGGAGACACAAGAACUGGAUUCUCAGGCCGAUCCCAAGAAGGUGGCGAACGUGAUCACCUUCCUUUUGAGCGAUGAGGCUUCUUUUGUGACCGGCUCCACGUACAAGGUUGAUGGAGGGUCGACGGCCGAGGCCUCAUAG